AUGCGCACUCCAUUUUGGCCAACACGAAAUCGGGAGAGUUGCGCUACUAUAUAUAUAGUGGUUUUACGUUGAUUGCAAUGGCAGGUACGAAGCAGAUCGCUCGCAAAUCGACAGGAGGAAAAGCUCCUCGCAAACAGCUCCCUACUAAAGCAACGAGGAAGAGCGCUCGAGCUAUCAAUGGCGUGAAGAAGCCUUAUCGUUAUAGGCCCGAGUCAUUAAAUGUAGAUGAAAUAAUUAUUGAUUUUGUGUGUAAAAAUCAUUGCUUAUAUGAUAAGCGUGAUGUGGAUUUCAAAAAUAUUAACAAAAAAAAAGAACUAUGGAAAAAAAUUUCUGAAAUGUUGAAAACCUUGUAUGAUGUAAAUAUGUCAGCUAGAGCAAUUGAAAAACGGUGGUCGUCUUUAAGAGAUAUGUUUAGCAGAGAAAAUAGGCGACAAAAAUCACCGCUAUCUGAUUCUGGAUAUAAAUCUACAAAAGAAUGGCAGUUAUAUAGAAAUAUGUUAUUUUUAAUUCCUCACAUAAUUCACAGAAGAACAAAAACAUCAUUUGCUCAACAGAACCAAUCAUUGCACUCACAAAGUCCACACACGUUAUUCGAAACAAAUACAACAAAUGUUAAGCCGUUAAAAAAAUUCAAGCAAUCUUCUAAUUUUAUUAAUUCUCAACCGUUAUAUGAUCACAGCUAUAAUGAACCUAUUCAAUUAAUAGACAAAGAUAACGAAUUAUCAUUAAAUAUUGAAGAAACAGUUAUGUCAAGUAAUAGCGAGAUCUUAAAUAGACCUGCUAGUACACUUUCUAACUGUAGUAGUACUAACAGCACCAUAUUUUUGGAGCCAAGUAAGAAUUCCAAUCCAGUAAACUUCAAAAAUCCACAGACAUUGAAACACGAUCAAAUUGAUCGUAACUUGGCAGACGCAAGUAAAGAAAGAUCUGCGCAAAUGAAAACAGUAUCAUCUCAAAUAUAUAAUAAAAAAUGUAAAGAUGGUUACAUGUUAGCCAUCGAAGAAGGAUUGAAGUACAUUCCUUCUACAAAUAAAACGCAAUGUCUAAUAGAAGUUCUUCAAAUUAUUAAAAAAUAUGAAGAAAGACAAUAAAUAGACAGGCUGUCUACUCUCUCUCUAGCGAAAAUGAAUAUUCGGAGCAUAAGUCGAAUGUAAGGAAGGAGUAACAGAAGCAUAAACGAAGCGUUAAAAGCUUCGUUUACGCUUCGGCGUUUCAAUUUACGCUUCUUAGGAGUUUCGUUUAUGCUUCUGUUACUCUUUCCUUACACUUCCUUCGACUUAUGCUCCGAAUAUUUAUUUUCGCUAGGAAAUCAGAGACUGGCCAUCAGAUAGAGCCCGGUAAAAAAUUUUUCAUAUAUAAUUAGACAAAAUUGAUUAUAUCUAGUUAUACAAACUUAUAUAUC